CUCUUCCAAAACUGCUUGCUGUUCUCGGCGGCCAUUGCUCUGGCCGGGGAAGGCCUUGUAGGCGGGCCAGGGGGGUAUCCGGCGAGAUACCCCCAGGACCCCGCAAUCGGAGGGCCAACCCAGGCCGCUUCCCCGCCGCCGGUCACCCGCUCCCUGCUCCUGGGGGCGCCAUCUUGGAUGUGGGCACCCCCCCACCCAGCGCCGCUGCCAUUGGCGGGCUGCGCAGGCCGUGGUCAGAUAGACCAAUAGGAAGCCGGGAUCCUGCAAGCCACUGAAGCCUAACGGUGACGUCAUGGACUGGGCACACAGGUGGACCGGGAAGGCGGAGCUUGGACAAGCAGGGAGGCGGGGCUGAAAGUUCCCUAACCCUAGGAGUGGAAGAAGCAGAUGCUGUGGUAAAACACAUAUCAAAUGAACAAGACGAUCUCUCUUCUGGUGGGCAUCUUCUCUGUCCUUAACACCAUCCAGUUCCUCAUCUUUGACUUGAACCACAUUACAUCCAUUGGCUACGAGGAAAAAAUCGACAUCUACAUGGACACAAAAUCAGAGGUAAUAUCUUGGAUCAUGAUCCAGAAGAAGUCUAUCAGCAUUGUCUUAUCUACCAUGACCAUCCUGUUCAGCGUGUUCCUUCUCUAUUGCAUCCGCACGAACAACUACGUGGGGCUGCUGUGUUAUGCUGUGUGGAUCAUCACCUAUGAGCUCAUCAACUUCUCCAUGGUCAUACUCAUCAACGGGAUCAUCAAAGAGCAGUUCAAGGAGCUGAGUUACCUGAACUUGAUCUUCCAAAUCUCCCAUAUGCUUCUGCACUUCCUCUCCCUGCCUUUCAUCUCUAAGCAUAUCUACUUCCUUUACAAGGACCCUAAGACUUUAAGUAAGAUAGGCCGCCGCAGGCACUCCUCCAUCUGUACGGUCGAUUCAUGGUCACCUGUUGGGAUGGGAACAUUGUACCGCAAGUUAAACUGAACUGUGCCAGGAAGAAGAGAAAGAGAGGGACCAUGCUCCCGACGAUAGCUCCCCUUCUUCCUGCCUGUUGAUUCUGUUGGUUUUGCUUACCUUUUCAGGGUUCUUGAGUAUUAUUUACAACUAUUCUUGGGGGAGGGUGGGUUGCAUGGAUCAAUUAUUGUGCAUGUGUUUGUGACUUGUUUUAGCUUUUUAUUAUAUACUGCCUUUGUUCUUGCUUAACCCUCUUACUGAUGUAUGCUAUUACUUCUCAUGAUCCCCUCCUCUCUGCACGUCCCUAGUUUCUAAUUUUUGAAACCUCAUUUGAAGCCUCAUUUUGAAGCCUCAUUUUGCUCCUGCAUUUAAUUGCAGAAAGAAUCUCUUUCCAGCUUCAUGUAUCACUCUGCUUCUCUCAUACUUUUUGGAAAGCACUUCCUCCUAUUGGUCCAUAACAUAGUAAGAAGAAUCCUCAUUUAAGAAAGCUCCAGGAUUUUUUUCCGUUUUAGGACUAUUGACAUUUUGGACUGGAAAAUUCUGUCCUGUAUGGAGCUGUUCCCUGCAUUAGAGGAUGCAGCAGCAUCUGUGACCUCUACCCACUAGAUAGUAUCCCCUCACACGUGUGACAACCAAAAAUAUCUGCAGGUGUUGCCAAAUGUUCCCUGGGAGGACAAAAUUGCCCCCAAUUGAGAACCACUAUUUUAUUAUAUAUUUCUUUAUUUUUAUUUUUUUAGUAAUCUCUACACCCAAUGUAGGGCUCAAACCCAGGACCCUGAGAUCAAGAGUCACACGCUCUUCCAACUGAGUCAUCCAGGUGCCCCAAGAAUCACUAUUUAGAGCAAUACACUCCCAGUGUUGAGAGCUAGUAUGCCACUACUGUUAACUAAAGGAGAGCAUCUUUUACUGAGAGCUCUUUACAUUCAGUACCAGUCAUUUUAAUUCUUUUUUUAAAGAAUUUAUCUAUUUAUUUAUUCAUGAGAGAGAGGGAGCGAGAGAGAGAAAGAGACAGGCAGAGGGAGAAGCAGGCUCCAUACAAGG